AUGGCAGAGAGUCCAGAUGAUGAAUCAUUGUUGGCUAGAAUACGACAACUGGAACGGGAGCGUGAUGAAUUACACAAAGAUAUCGAACAGUUAUGUAUGCAGCAAGCUGGGCCUAGCUAUCUUGCUGUGGCUACCCGAAUGCAUUUUCAAAGGACAGCUGGAUUGGAGCAGGAGAUUGAGAAUUUGAAAAAGAAUUUGGCUGCUUGUAUAAAAGACAAUCUAAAUCUACAAGAGGAGCUUUCUGAGGCAUACAGAAUUAAAGGUCAACUGGCAGAUCUGCACAACGCUGAGGUUUCAAAGAAUAUGGAAGCUGAGAAGCAGGUAAAAUUUUUCCAAGGUUGUAUGGCUGCUGCUUUUGCUGAAAGGGAUCAAGCAAUAAUUGAGGCUGAAAAGGCCAAAGAAAAGGAGGAGACAAUGUUGCAACAAAUAAAUGGCAUCCACAAGAGGGUAGAGGAGCUCACCGCAGAUUGUCUAAAACUAAAGGAAUUUAAUGAUGCUCUGCAGAUUGAUCAAUCAGUACAUAUGAAGCAAAAUGAAGACUUUAAGAAAGUAGUGUUCUCGCUCUCUUUCCCCCUCUGUGACUCUCUAUCUUUCGUAAUCGAUAAGUUCUUUCAGAUCAGGCAACAUUCUGUGGAGGAAUUUGAAGAUACAAGUUGGGAGGAGAAAUGUGCAUGUCUUUUAGGUGACCCCGUGGAGGGGUUGCAUUCCUUAUGUUAUGCUGGUUAUUCAAGUGCAUUAGAAGAACAGCUGGAGAGACUUAGGAAUUCCAAGGAUUAUCUUCAAAAUAAACUGAGGGUGGGUUUGGAAAUUGAAAAUCACUUGAAGAAGAGAGUCAACUUAUUGGAAAAGAAACAGAUUUCUAUGGACAAAGUGAUUGACAACGGCAUAGCAGACUUGAAACAUUAUCAUUCUAAGUGUAGAGGUGAAAUUAUGAAUUUAAUUGGUGAUGGAGAAUCCAUUGUUAAAUCCAUAAUCAAUGUGAUUGAUGAAAAAGUCCCGAGUUUUGAUCCGAAUACUGUACCAAAUUUGACCCCUCAAAGAGAUGCAGAACUAGAAGAGUCUGAAGGUGUGGAUAUACAUAUAAGCCCUGAAGCUAAACCGGUCUCUGAGUCCAAGAGGAACAGUCCUACGCCACUGUCAGCGGAUGCUGGUUUAGAAGGUGAUGCAUCUGAUGUUUUAGCAAUGGCAUUGCACGAGAAGGUUUCUGCGUUAUUGCUUUUAUCACAGGAGGAAGAAAGACAUCUAUUGGAGAGAAAUGUGAGUUCGGCACUCCAAGGAAAAACUGAAGAACUUCAGAGGAACUUGUUGCAGGUUACUAAUGAAAAGGUGAAAGCUCUCAUGGAAUUGGCUCAAUUGAAGCAGGAGCAUCAAUUGCUUUUGGAAAACUUGGGUAAUGAACCUAAGCAAGGGGAAGGCGUGGGCAACACUGGAGGUGGAAAGCUUGUUAGGCGUGAAAGAGAUGGAACUUUAAAGAACUUACUGAAGAAGUCGUAUUUGAGACGAUGGAUUGGCCCGCAGGAUGUUAGUGGUAAUGAAGUGGCCAGUAGUUCAAAUAAUGAAGGGAAAACAUUCAAUCAUCAGUCCAGCAGUAUGGAUUUUGCAAGAAUAAAGAUUGAAAAUGCAACUCUUAAGGAAAGCAUGGAAAGCAUGGAACAUUUAACUUCAUCCAUUCAUAGGCUUCGUCUCUCUCUUUCAAAGGCCAAGGAGUGUGUUAGUUCGGAAGGUACAGUUUCCGGUGUUUCAGAAAUUCUUAACGACGUUAUUCGUGAGGCAGAACUUUUAAGGACUGCUCUUGGCAGCUCCUUGCCGACCAGCUGGUCGGUUGAGGCAGAUAUUAGUUACAUUGGAUACAGCAGCGUGGGCAGUGACAGGGGGCAUGAGGAGGGCGGUGAUGAGAAGAUGGACACUGUUUCUGCUGCAGGGCUCCAAAUGGUUGAGCUUCUGAUUUUUUCAGCUCAGAUUUUGAGGGAUUUACAAUCCAACAUGGUAUUGGUUCCGAGUACAGAAUUUGUAUGA